AUGGAACAAAGAAUUAAGUUUAUAUUUUUUAUUAAAAUUUCUGUGUUUAUCCUUUCAUAUUGGAUAUGUCAAUUUUACAGUGUUAUGAACAAUUUUAACAAAUUUUUGGAUGAGGAGUAUUAUUUUUGUAGAAAAUUAAAUACAAGAAUUUAUCGAUUAUUAGGAAAUUAUAAAAAGUACAUUUAUUCAUAUAUUGGAGAUUUAGAAUUAAACAUACCUUAUAACACAAAGAAAAAGAACGAAAAAUUAUUUACAAUAGAUAAUGAAAAAUUGGACAAAGAAAAAAGAGAAACAUUACAUAGAUGCUUAUUAUAUAAGGAAAAAUUAAUUAAGAGACUUAUGAAAAAUAAAUGUACCAUGUUACAUAAAUCAUAUAACCAUUAUGAAAAAAAAAUAAUGAAUGGACUUGAUGAUAAAUAUUUUUUUAAAAAAAUGAUGUUAAAUAAUGAUAAGGAUUACAAAAAAUUAAAAAGUAGAAAAUAUGGAUUAAGACUUUUUUUACUUUCAGUAUUUUUCGUAGUCGUAUUAAUGAUACCUAUAUUAGAUUCAUCCAUUGGUAAUUUAUUGAUCAUUUUAUUUACGUUAUUCGAAAAUGGCACAACAGCUGAUUUGGGGGCUGAGAAAUCCGGUCCUGCAGGCCAUGCGAAUUCUUCGUGGCUCUCUUAUUUUAUAGAAAAUCCUUCUGUACAAUACAAAAUCCAAAGUAUUCUAAUGUAUUGUGUACCUAUCUUAAUAUUGGCUAUUAUACUUAUAUUGGGAAUAUUUUAUUAUUAUAAAAAUGUUAUAAAACAUAAAAAAAUUAAGUUCUUUGAAGCGUUCAGUGAAUGGUAA